AUGCCCUCAUCUCACGAUUCUAAAGACCGGGCUGGAAUUUGGUCCUACGUUCCUUUCGGCUCCUCUCCUCGUCGUCGCUCCGUCUCCAGCGGCCUCCCCUUAAGGAACAACGGUCACGGUGCUGUCUCUUCCUCCGACAGCACUCCCUGGGAUCCCUUUGAGAAAGCCGAGAGACAAACGGCGGGCUCUGGGGCCCAUCAAUCUUCCAUCCUGGAGUCCAUAAACAACGCCUGGAUGACGCAGACUCGACAGGCACGCUACCUGAAGACUGGAGGUGUCUUGUCCUGUAUCAUCCUCUUAUACUGGUUUCUGUCCGGCGGAAGGGGCAGUACUGGAGCCGAGAACAAUGUCUACACUCUUACGGACUCUCCUACGACAAAAUGCACGAGACCGCACGACCUUUCCAAGCCCCUGGUUCAGUAUGCCAUCAUGAUAGACGCAGGGAGCACGGGCAGCAGGAUUCAUGUGUACAAAUUCAACAAUUGCGGUCCCACACCAGAGUUGGAGAGCGAGGAGUUCAAGAUGACAGAGAAGAGGCCUGAGGGCUCUGGCUUGAGUUCCUACAAGAGUGAUGCUGAGGGUGCAGCCAAGAGCUUGGAUCCCCUACUUGACGUUGCAAUGAAGAAUGUCCCCGACGCUUACAAGGCCUGCACGCCUAUCGCAGUGAAAGCCACAGCCGGCCUUCGACUGUUGGGCGAUGCCAUGAGCCAGACCAUCCUCGAAGCCGUCCGUACUCGCCUCGAGACACAGUACCCCUUUCCGGUCGUAUCUCGUGAGAAAGGAGGCGUCGAGAUUAUGAAAGGCGAGGACGAAGGUGUCUUCGCCUGGAUCACCACCAACUACCUCCUCGGCAAGAUUGGAGGUCCAGACGACACCCCCACUGCCGCCGUCUUUGACCUCGGAGGCGGCUCCACCCAGAUUGUCUUUCAGCCGACUUUUAAGGGAAGUCCAUCAGGAGGCAUGCCGGCCAAAAUGGCCGAGGGUGACCACAAAUACAGCCUCAAGUUUGGUGGGCGCGAGUUUGAAUUGUACCAGCACUCUCACCUUGGCUACGGACUCAUGUCAGCCCGCAAAGCCUUGCACAACUCUGUCCUGGACCACAUGCACAAGCAGAAUCCCGACUCCAGGACCUGGCUCUCUAAACCCAUUCCCAACCAUUGCAUCACACCAGGGAUCCAGAAAAAGGUCGAUGUGACCAUGCCCGCUGGACAUCCAUUGGAGGGCGAACACAGCGUCCUCAUGGAAGGCCCCAUCGACGCCAUUCCGGCGCAGUGUCGAGCACUUGCCGAGGGAAUCCUCUACAAGGACAAGACAUGUACCCUGGCGCCUUGUUCUUUCAACGGAGUGCACCAGCCGUCUCUCGACAAGACAUUCUCCCGCGAAGAUGUCUAUAUCUUCUCAUACUUCUACGACCGAACGCAUGAUCUCGGCAUGCCGGAAUCUUUCACGUUGCGCGAAUUGCAGGACCUGACCAACAAGGUCUGCGGCGGCGAGGAGAAGUGGACCGCUUUCACGGGCAUCGAAGGAGCAUUGGAGGAGCUGCGUGACCGACCAGAGUGGUGCCUUGAUUUGAAUUUCAUGAAUGCUCUCCUCCAUACCGGCUAUGAGAUGCCUAUCGAUCGCGAGGUCAAGAUUGCUAAGACCAUCAAGGGUAAUGAAUUGGGUUGGUGUUUGGGUGCGAGUCUACCACUUCUGGAGAAGGAGAGCGGCUGGGAGUGUCGAAUCAAGCAAGUUUCAUGA